AUGAAGUUGUAUAUAGCAGCAUCGGAAUGUACUAUAGGAAGCAUGCUAGCACAAGAGGAUGAAAAUGGCGCAGAAAGGGCCAUAUAUUAUCUUAGUAGAGUAUUAAAUGAUGCCGAAACAAGAUACCAUCCUAGUGAAAAGUUAUGUAUAUGCUUAUAUUUCUCAUGUACAAAACUUAAGCAUUAUAUAAAGCCGUUUCACGUCUAUGUUUAUUCCCAUUUUGAUAUAAUUAAACAUAUGUUGUCGAAACCAAUUUUUCAUAGUAGAGUCGGAAAAUGGGCCUUAGCACUUACGAAAUAUUCAUUAACAUAUCAAUCAUUGAAAUCCGUGAAAGGUCAAAUUGUAGCCGACUUCAUUGCAGAUCAUUCUAUCGAAGAACCUUUAUCGAAGGGAAUCGAAAACCAACCCAGGAAGUUGUAUUUCGAUGGAUCUAAUCAUAAGAAUGGCACAAGAAUUGGAGUUGUGAUUAUUUCACCCAAAGAUAUUUUGACUAAGUAUAAAUUUCGAAUUAAUCAGUAUUGCUCUAAUAAUGAGGCUGAGUAUGAAACCUUGAUGACAGUUCUAGAGAUUGCACUCGAACUGGGGGAAAAAUGUGUCGAAAUCAAAGGGGACUCGGAGUUAGUUCUUAAACAAUUAACUAAAGAGUACAAAUGUGCCAAAGAAAGUUUAAUCAUAUAUUACACUAUGGCCAAUGCAUUAUUGAAACAGUUUACUCACGUCGAAAUCCGACAUGUUCCCCGUAUAGAAAAUCAAGAAGCAAAUGAUUUAGCUCAGAUGGCCUCUGGAUACAAGAUACCAAAAGACCAAGUGCAAGAGCCGAUUACGGUCAAGAACAAACGUAGUUCGAUGGACAUUCUCUCAAAGAAAUUGUUAACGCCAAAACUUGGGGGGAUAGAGACGUCUCAAGGACAUGUGCAAGGUAUGAAUUUGGUCGAAAUUUUGGUCAUUAACAAUUUAGUUGACGAUGAUUGGCGGAAACCCAUAGUCAAUUAUUUAGAAAACCCAGAUGGUACAACCUGUCGAAAAGUAAAAUAUCGAGCCUUGAGCUAUGUGAUAGUAGGCGACGAAUUGUUUAAAACGACUCCGGAAGGAGUUUUACUUAAAUGUCUUGGAGAAACAGAUGCAUAUUUGGCUGUUUCCAACACACAUAGUGGGGCUUGUGGAACACAUCAAGCAAACCACAAAAUGAAAUGGCUUUUGUUCCGACAAGGCGUAUAUUGGCCAACCAUGCUUAAAGAUUGCAUAGAAUUCGCCAAAGCUUGUGAGUUACAUUCGAUAAUCAAACCCUGGCCAUUUAGAGGUUGGGCUUUAGACGUAAUUGGGGAAAUCAAACCUAAAUCAUCGAAGGGAUAUAAAUACAUCUUGGUGGGAAUAGAUUAUUUCACGAAAUGGAUAGAGGCAAUUCCUUUAAAAGAAGUUACUCAAGAUGAGGUUAUAAACUUCAUUCAGAAAUAUAUAAUCUAUAGAUUUGGCAUUCUAGAAACCAUUACGACAGAUCAAGGGUCGGUGUUCACCGGUCAAAAAAUAGUAAAAUUUGCUGAAAACACGGGUUUUAAAUUAUUAACCUCGUCACGAUAUUAUGCCCAAGCAAAUGGUCAAGUCGAAGCAGCAAAUAAAAGCCUCAUUUCCAUUAUUAAAAGGAAGACUAAAAGAAAACCCAAGAAUUGGCAUGAAGUUCUUGGCAAAGCUUGA